AUGCCACGCAAGAAUCGCCCACUUGAAACAUUGCUGGUAAUUGUUUUGAAGAUAGCACCGGCUAAGAAGAUAUCUGUUCCGAGACUAGAGUUAUGUGGUGCUUGGUUAUUAGCUCGCCUUCUUGCGUUUGCGCAAGAUAACUUGUCCGCAAUCAAUAUAGAAAAGGUUACCGCGUGGUCGGACUCCACGGUAACGCUACAUUGGAUAAGAAGUUCAACCUCACGACUCAAAACAUUCGUAGCAAAUCGAGUAUCCAAAAUUCAAGACCAGACUCUUGUGGAAAGUUGGCGUCACGUACCAACCAAUGACAACCCAACGGACUGUGCAUCCCGUGGGCUCAGACCCGACCUUUUAGCCGGCCACGACAUAUGGUGGCAUGGUCCUCCGUUUCUCCGACAACCUAAAAGAGAAUGGCCUGUGGAAAGUACGGUGAGUCCUAUUAGUUGUUCAGAGGAAGAAAAGGAAGAAAAACCUAUUACGCUUUUGUCCCAAGGAAAAGAGGAAGACUGCCGGCUUCUUUAUCAAUCAGACAACUUACCAAAAGUUUUAAGACUCACCGUUUAUUGGUUAAGACUUCGAGAUCGUCUUGGAAAAAAAUCGUCCUUACCGAUCACUUCUCCACCUACUACAGACGAAACGGACAGAGCACUUCGAUCCUUAGUACGCUGGACUCAAAACAUAUAUUUUUCCGACGAAAAAAAAGAGCUCUCCAUGGGAAAACCAGCUCGGAAACAUUUAAGAAAAUUAACACCGUUUCUGGACGACGACCACUUGCUGAGGGUGGGCGGUCGUUUAGGAUAUGCCGAAAUCCCAUACAAUGAAAAACAUCCCUUAUUGUUGCCAAAGUCUGCGCGAUUGACUGAACUCCUAAUAGACUUUACCCACCGGAAAAACGGACAUCCAGGUCCACAAACGAUACAAUAUUUACUACGUCAAAAUUACUGGAUCCUUUCAUCCUGA